GGUGCUUACCAGCCUGCCAUUGCGUGCGGCAUUAAUGAAUCCGUAUGAGUUUGCUCAACUAUAGACAUAAAUAAAGACUAUUCACACUGUUUUAUGUACGUAACUGAAAACAAUAUCGAAGGAAGAAGUUCGUGAACAUGGAUUAUCGUUUUGGCUCUCGAAAGAUCUCUGAGUGCAGGACUGAAGGAAGAGAAACACAAUCUGUGGUCUCAGAUUUCGAAGGGACUCUCCUUUAUCGUAAAAAUGCCUUCUCUUAUUUCAUGCUUGUGGCUUUUGAGGCCUCUGGAUUGUUACGUUUUGCAUUGCUUUUGCUCAGUUGGCCGGUUUAUGCAGUUUUGUAUUAUUUUAUCUCUGAGGCUUUGGGAUUGAAGGUUUUGAUCUUUGUGGGGCUUGCUGGAUUGAAAGUCUCUGAGAUCGAAUCCGCUGGUAGAGCUGUUUUGCCCAAGUUUUAUAUGGAUGAUUUGAAUUGCGAUACUUGGCGGGUGUUUUCUUCGUUUGGAAGGAAAGUCGUGGUCACUUCUAGUCCUCGGGUUAUGGUGGAGUCGUUCCUUAAGAGACAUGUUCGGGCAGAAGAAGUGAUUGGGACUGAGAUUGACGUGAAUAGAUAUGGAAGAGCUACUGGUUUUGUUAAGGUGCCUGGGCAUUUGCUGGUCGGGGUGCACAAACGGAUUGCAGUUAAAGCUUUGUUUGGAGAUUCAAUGCCUAAUGUUGGACUUGGACGGGAGAAUAUGCCAGAGCGUUCUUUCAUGGCUCUUUGCGAGGAGAGCUACAGCGCACCAGUAACCGAAAGAAACGCCCCAAUAACAACACCCACAGACGAUCUGCUUCCGAAACCACCACCAGUAAUCUUCCACGACGGCCGCCUGGUUCAACGCCCGACGCCAUUAACGGCCCUCAUCCUCCUGGUCUAUAUCCCUUUCGGAAUCCUCCUCUCCACAUUCCGAAUCCUAGCGGGCUUCUUUCUACCAAUCUGGGCCAUCAACCAAACAACGGCAUAUCUAGGAGGCAAAAUCACCGUAAAAGGCACACCACCUCCCCCGUCAAAAUCCAAAACCUCCGGCGUUCUCUACGUUUGCACGCACAGAACUCUGCUAGACCCAGUCAUCCUUUCAAUAACUCUGAAGCGAAGAAUUCCGGCUGUAACAUAUUCAAUAUCCCGAGUCUCGGAGCUUCUUUCUCCUAUUCCAACAGUGCCGCUGAGCCGCGAGCGCGAGCGUGACGCCGCCAAUAUAAGAAAACUUCUUCAAAAAGGCGAUCUUGUGGUGUGCCCAGAAGGAACCACCUGCAGAGAGCCUUUUCUGUUGCGUUUCAGUGCACUUUUUGCAGAGCUUGCGGAUCAGAUCGUUCCAGUGGCUAUGGAUUAUCGUGUGAGCAUGUUUCAUGGGACUACUGCAAGAGGAUGGAAAGGUAUGGAUCCCUUCUACUUUUUUAUGAAUCCUCGACCGGAGUACCAGGUCACUUUUCUGAGUCAAAUCCCCCAUGAACUCACCUGCGCCGCAGGUAAGAAUUCCCAUGAAGUUGCCAACUAUGUGCAGAGAAUUCUCGCCCAAACGCUCGGAUUCCAGUGCACAAAUUUUACCCGUCGGGAGAAAUACAAUAUUCUUGCAGGUAACGAUGGAACGGUCUCCUCCUCUUCGUCUUCUCGUUCAUUUUCAACUGCUCGCUGGCUCGCUGCUUUGGCUCGUCGCUCAUGAAUUUGAGUUACAUUUUAUUUAUUUAUUCAAUUCAUGGUCUUCUGAGCUAAUCCAUUGUUUGUAAUUGUUCUUCUUUUUGGCUCUUGAAACACCAUGUAUACUCUGCUGAAAUCGUGAUGCAUUUUUCUUCUAUUCGUUCUCAUUGUCGCACCUGGGAUUUUAUCAAAUUGAAAUUCUGUACAGUGGCCAAAUAUAAAUUUGCAUGUGAAAGGAGAGUAGAAUCCAAAUAAUAGUACAGGAUUGGAAUUGUAAUAAAUGUUAUAAAAUUUAUUAUAAAAUAGUGGUCUAUUUGUGA